GGAGGAGUGAGAGGGUGGAGAAAAGGAGAAAAGGACGCCGUGGCGGGGCGGGAGGAAGUGCGCGAGGUCUCCACAGUCUUUGCGCCCAGCUGGCGGGUAGGGCAGCCAGGUGAGCCCGAGAUGCUGCUGCGCUGGAAGCCCGGGCUGCCGCUGCCGCUGCGGCUGCUGCUGCUCCUGGGGCCGCUGUGUCCCUGCCCCACCGGCGCCCUGGCGGGACCCGCGCCAGAUGAGGACGUCGUGGAGCUGGUUUUCUCCACUGAGCGGCCGGUGCACCUGGUGAGUCCCGCGUUCCUGUCCUUCACCAUCGACGCCAAUCUGGCCACGGACCCGCGGUUCCUCACCUUCCUGGGUUCUCCAAAGCUUCGUACUUUGGCCAGAGGUUUGUCUCCCGCAUACCUGAGAUUUGGUGGCACCAAGACAGACUUUCUCAUUUUUGAUCCCAAGAAGGAACCAACCUUUGAAGAGAGAAGUUACUGGCAAUCUCGAGUCAACCAGGAUAUUUGUGAAUCUGGACCCAUCCCUUCUGAUGUGGAGAAGAGGUUGCAGUUGGAAUGGCCCUUCCAGGAGCAACUGCUACUCAGAGAACAGUAUCAGAAAAAGUUCAAGAACAGUACCUACUCAAGAAGCUCAGUGGAUAUGCUGUAUACUUUUGCCAAUUGCUCAGGACUGGACCUGAUCUUUGGUCUAAAUGCAUUACUACGAACUGCAGAGUUGCACUGGAACAGUUCCAAUGCUCAGUUACUCCUGGACUACUGCUCUUCCAAGAAUUAUAACAUUUCUUGGGAACUAGGCAAUGAACCUAACAGUUUCCGGAAGAAGGCUGGUAUUUUCAUCGAUGGAUUGCAGUUAGGAGAAGAUUUUAUUGAGUUGCAUAAACUUCUAGUAAAGUCUGCUUUCAAAAAUGCAAAACUCUAUGGUCCUGAUGUUGGCCAGCCUCGAGGAAAGACUGUUAAGAUGCUGAAGAGUUUCCUAAAGACUGGGGGAGAAGUGAUUGAUUCAGUUACAUGGCAUCACUACUACUUGAAUGGGCGAAUUGCUACCACAGAAGAUUUUCUAAACCCUGAUGUAUUGGACACUUUUAUCUUAUCUGUGCAAAAAAUUUUCCAGGCUGUUGAGGAGACCAGACCCCACAAGAAGGUUUGGUUAGGAGAGACCAGCUCUGCGUAUGGAGGUGGAGCGCCCUUGCUGUCCAACACCUUUGCAGCUGGCUUUAUGUGGCUGGAUAAACUGGGCCUGUCGGCCAGAAUGGGCAUAGAAGUGGUGAUGAGGCAGGUGUUCUUCGGAGCCGGAAACUACCACUUAGUGGAUAAGGAUUUUGAACCUUUGCCUGAUUACUGGCUCUCUCUUCUGUUCAAGAAACUGGUGGGCACCAGUGUGUUAAUGGCACGUGUGAAAGGUCCAGACAGAAGCAAACUUCGAGUAUAUCUUCAUUGCACAAACAUCAACCACCCAAGGUAUAAAGAAGGAGAUUUAACUCUGUUUGCCUUAAACCUCCAUAACGUCACCAAGCGCUUGCAGUUACCACAUUACUUAUUUGACAAGCAAGUGGACAAAUACCUCGUAAAACCUUCAGGACCUGAUGGCUUACUUUCCAAAUCUGUCCGGCUCAAUGGUCAAACUCUGAAGAUGGCAGAUGACCAAACCCUGCCAGCUUUGACAGAAAAACCUCUCCGCCCAGGAAGUUCCCUGGGCCUGCCAGCUUUCUCAUAUGGAUUUUUUGUGAUAAGAAAUGCCAAGGUUACUGCUUGCAUCUGAAAACGAAAGACAUACACCAGGCCGGAGAUUGAAUUUUUCAAGUGUAUUGAUAAGACGAAAAUAAAACUCAAGCUAUAGGAAGGCAAGCAGAUGCAUUACAGAUCAACUGGUGACUGCUUUAGGGCCACUAGGACACUCUCAGUGCUAGAUUAGCACGGUAUUUUGUUCUAAGUAGACCACUGCUAAAAGUAAUACCUAGUGCCAGACACUAUGUUUGUAUUUUGCAUGUACUAUUUUUAUUUAAGAUUAUUAAAAAUGUAUAUAAAUACUCCCAAAUACAGCCAGGAGGCAAGUAAGUGAAGGAUAUAUUAUUAGUUUUAAGAAAGUGUUUGUUUUUAUUUUAAAAAAAAAAAGUUAUUAGAAGAUUGUCAGAUUCUUUCCUGCAUAUGUUGUCUCUAUGAGCUGCCGUCAGAAAAAGUUUACUACCACAACCUUCAAAUCGUAUAUAAAAGAGAGACAAUCUCUUUGCAGCUUAACAGAGAGCUCAAUUAAACUGCUGCUUUCUUUUCCGUCUGUUCUGUCUGUCUUUGUCAGCAAUACCGUGUGAGGGGACAGAGGGUUAGAUGUGGUAGUAUAAAAAACAUAAAAAAUGAUUAAUGGCAAUUCAGAGGGAAGGAAUUAUGUAAACUUCAAAUGAAAUUUUAAAAAAUGACUGUAAGUGAAAUUGAUUUCCCAAGAGGAGAAAAUUUAAUUCAAUACAUUAUAACCAUCUGUUACUGUUUAUCUUUAACCUACCUUAAAUU